CAGGAAUCCUCCAAGGCCCCUGUCAAGCUUGCCACCGUCAUCAAGGUUCUUGGCCGCACUGGCUCACGCGGAGGCGUUACCCAAGUGCGCGUUGAAUUCAUGGACGACACGAGCCGCACCAUCAUCCGCAAUGUCAAGGGCCCUGUGAGGGAGCGUGACAUACUUGCUCUGCUCGAGUCUGAGCGCGAGGCCCGG